AUGGUAAAGGAAACGCAUACCUUAGAUCAAGGGAAGAAGAAAGCCAGCAUGAGCCUGAUAGAAAACUGUCGAUCUGUCACAAAGGAUGAUAUAGUUAUUCCUGAUUCCUCGGCAGUCCAACAACAUAAGCUCCCUCCUCUGGUUAGUGCAUUGAAAGCUUCAGCAGAAGAAAAUGCAGCCAGUUUUCACUUCCCUGGUCACAACAGAGGGCGAGCUGCACCAUCGUCAUUGACUCAGCUUAUUGGUGUAAGACCUUUCCUUCAUGACUUACCUGAGCUUCCAGAACUUGACAACCUCUUUACUCCAGAGGGGCCCAUUUUAGAUGCACAAAAAGAAGCUGCUAAGCUGUUUGGAGCAUUUGAGACAUGGUUCCUAGUUGGGGGUAGUACAUGUGGAAUCCAUGCUGCCGUCAUGGCUACAUGUUCACCAGGAGAAACUCUUAUUCUCCCUCGGAAUUGCCAUAUAUCAGCCACAUCCGCCAUGGUAUUGUCUGGCGCACUACCAAAGUACAUUAGCCCUGCGUAUAAUUUUGAUUGGGACAUUGCUGGUGGCAUCACUCCAUCUCAGGUAGAGAAGGCAAUCAAGGAAUUGGAAAUGGAAGGUCAAAAAGCAGCUGCAGUUUUCGUCACUUCCCCUACUUACCAUGGUAUCUGCAGCGAUGUGGGUUCGAUUUCUCAGCUCUGUCAUUCUCAUGAAAUUCCCGUAAUUGUUGAUGAGGCUCAUGGGGCACACUUAGGAUUCCAUCCACAGCUGCCUAGGUCAGCUCUCCAUCAAGGGGCUGAUCUUGCUGUGCAGUCUACUCACAAAGUUCUGUGCUCUCUUACACAGUCAUCGAUGUUGCAUGUGUCUGGAAAUCUUGUUGAUAGAGAAAGAAUUUGUAGAUGUCUGCAAAACCUUCAAAGCACGAGCCCUAGUUAUCUGCUUUUAGCAUCAUUGGAUGCCACAAGGGCCCAAAUAAGUGAAAACCCAAAAAAAUUUUUUAACAAAGCAAUUGAAUUGGCUGUUGAGGUAAAAACUAGGAUCAACAAAAUUCGUGAACUUUCAGUCCUCGAUUUACCAAGUUUUUCUGAUUUUCCAGUAAUUGAUCCUCUGCGAAUUACUAUUGGUGUAUGGCAGCUUGGUCUUUCUGGUCUUGAAGCUGAUGAGAUCUUAUACAGGAAAUAUGGGGUCGUUUCAGAACUUACUGGUACCCGAUCUAUUACGUUUGCUUUUAACCUUGGAACCUGUAGAGAGCAUGUUGAUAGGCUUAUAUCAGGACUAGAACAUUUACCAGAAACUUUCUUACCAAUUCAACGCAUUGAAGAUAGGGUAGAUGAUGGUUGUGGUGCACCCUUUGAUGGAAUUACCAUGAGCCUGAGUCCUAGAGACGCCUUCUUUGCAAGUAAGAGAAAAGUGAGUGUCAAAGACAGCCUUGGAAAAACUUGUGGAGAGCUUAUAUGUCCAUACCCACCCGGUAUACCUUUGUUGAUCCCUGGUGAGGUUAUCACAGAGAGAGCAAUGGCAUACUUGCUGCAAGUUAGAAGUAAGGGCAUUGUUGUUAGUGGAGCAGCUGAUCCCUCUCUCUCCACUAUAGUUGUAUGCAAACCCUGA